GGGCUGGGCUCCGUGCCACCCCCUCGCUCACCAGGAGCGGCCCCGGGGCGCUGCGGGCCACUCGGCCCACGCGGGACCUCGGAGGCAAGCGUGGGCGUGAUGAGCCAGGUGCUGGGCAAGCCGCAGCCGCAGGGUGAGGACGGCGGCGACGACGAGGAGGAGGAUGAGCUGGUGGGGCUGGCAGGCUACGAGGAUGGACCGGAGUCCUCCGACGCCGAGCUGGACAGCGGACCGGAGGAGGGAGUUCUGGACUUCAGCGACCCCUUCAGCACUGAGGUGAAGCCCAGAAUUCUGCUCAUGGGUCUCAGGAGGAGUGGCAAGUCGUCCAUACAGAAAGUUGUCUUUCACAAAAUGUCCCCGAGUGAGACGCUGUUCCUGGAGAGUACCAACAGGAUCUGCCGGGAAGACGUCUCCAACAGCAGCUUUGUCAACUUCCAGAUUUGGGACUUCCCAGGGCAGAUUGACUUUUUUGACCCUACAUUUGACUAUGAGAUGAUCUUCCGAGGGACAGGAGCACUGAUCUUUGUCAUAGACUCCCAGGAUGACUAUAUGGAGGCGCUGGCCAGGCUCCAUCUCACUGUGACCAGGGCCUACAAGGUGAACACUGAUAUCAACUUCGAGGUGUUUAUUCAUAAAGUGGACGGUCUGUCGGAUGAUCACAAAAUCGAAACCCAAAGAGACAUUCACCAGAGGGCAAACGAUGACCUUGCCGAUGCUGGGUUAGAGAAAAUUCACCUGAGCUUUUAUCUGACAAGCAUAUACGAUCAUUCAAUAUUCGAAGCCUUUAGCAAAGUGGUUCAGAAACUGAUCCCGCAGCUCCCGACGCUGGAGAAUCUGCUGAACAUCUUUAUCUCAAAUUCUGGAAUUGAAAAAGCAUUUCUAUUUGACGUGGUCAGUAAGAUUUAUAUUGCAACCGACAGCACGCCGGUGGAUAUGCAGACGUAUGAGCUGUGCUGCGACAUGAUUGAUGUGGUGAUUGACAUCUCUUGUAUUUAUGGCCUCAAAGAAGAUGGAGCGGGCGCCCCGUAUGACAAGGACUCGACAGCCAUUAUAAAACUGAAUAAUACAACGGUUCUUUAUCUAAAAGAGGUCACGAAGUUCUUGGCGCUCGUUUGCUUUGUCAGAGAGGAAAGCUUUGAAAGAAAAGGCCUUAUUGAUUAUAAUUUCCACUGCUUCCGGAAGGCCAUCCAUGAAGUCUUCGAGGUGAGGAUGAAGAUGGUGAAAUCUCGGAAGGCCCAGAGUCGGUUACCCAAGAAGACUGGAGCUACUCCCAAUGGGACUCCUCGGGUGCUGCUGUAAGGGGAGCCGUCAGGAGCCAGAGCCCAGACCUCAGUGAGGAGGCUGUUAAACUAAACUGGACUGCAGGAAGGCUGAGCCCUGACUCAGACAUAUUAAGGAAAAAGAAAACUUACCCUUUUUAAAAUAAAAUAAGCACUUUGAAGCAAAAAA